CAAAACCAACACACACACUUGCCUCUCCUUGGACCUCUCUCUCUUUUAUCACAUUGCGUCUUUUCCUCCCGAUCCUUCAAUCCUCGUUCUGUUUUUGAUCCAAUUGAAUUGUAUCCGUCUUUUGAUUCGAGUUUUAGCUUUCCAAGCUUCUGAUGAUGGCGGAGAGUGAGGGAUCAUUGGCUGAUGAUCGAGAAUUGAUCGGCCGUGAAAGUGGUCUUGGGACUAAGUCGCCUUGGAAAACGACGGCUACUCCUGCUGAGACUGUUGAUGCCCCUGUAAUGGGAGCUGAUUCGUGGCCUGCGCUCGCCGACGCCGCGCAACAGCCUCGUCCGAAGAAUCCUCCGGCGCCUGCUCCGCCGUCUAAAAACAUUCCGACCUCUACCCCAUCCCCUGCUCAGGCUAAUCCUGGUCAAGCGAAAUCUAAAGGUGGUGGAAAGGCAAAUCCCGGACACAAGAAUCCAUCUGGCCGUCAUUCAAAACCAGGCUCGAGGAGCAACCAAAAUGGUCCUCCUCCACCGUACCUUGUACACGCUGUACCAUAUCAUCCACCUCCUUUUCCACCCAUGGGUCCUCUGCCACAUGCUGCUGGUCCAGAUUAUCCAUAUGUUCCUUAUCCUCCGUUCCCGGUUGCUGGACCUCCUGUUGUAGAUUCUGGAAAUGAGAAACAAGUUCAAGCUUCCCCUCUUCCACCUGUGCUCCCAGCUCCUCAAGGGGAUCCUGGAAAGCCUUGGCAGCAUCAGAGAGGUUUUGACCCCAGAAACAUGCCACAAGGUGGUGGACCAAGAAGUUUUGGGAGACCUCCAUAUAUGGGUCCAGCUCCUGGAUUCCUGGUUGGUCCAGGUCCAGGCUUCCCUGGGCCUGUAUACUACUUGCCAGCUCCACCACCUGGAGCUAUAAGAGGUCCUUAUCCUCCUCGCUUUGCUCCAUACCCUUUAAACCAGGGUCAUCCAGUACUAUCUCCAGAAAGAAUCGACUUAAGGGAUAGAGUCUUGAAACAAAUAGAGUAUUAUUUCAGUGAUGAAAACCUUGAGAAUGAUCAUUACCUCAUUUCCUUGAUGGAUGAAGAAGGAUGGGUUCCGACAAAAGCUAUAGCUGGCUUCAAAAGGGUUAAGGCAAUGACCAUGGAUGUUGAGUUUAUAGUCUAUGCGUUGGGGUUUUCUAAUUCUGUUGAAGUGCAGGGUGACAAGAUGCGCAAAUGUCACAAGUGGUCUGAGUGGGUUCCUGCAUCUAAAAAGUCAGCCUCUGUGGAGAAAACUGGAGACAGUGACAAAAAUUCCCCUGAAAGUAUAGCAAGUGGGGAUAAUUGUGGAAAUUCUUCAAAGGGUUCUUCAAAGCCUACCGUCUGCAACUUCUCUUCAGAGGGAGCUCGGUCAUCAAAAACCAAUAAUUAUAACAGUGGCAAUCUGAAAUUAUCAGCAGAUGAAAAAAGAAAUGUGGAUGACUUGUCAAACGAUUUUUCAAACACAUUCUUGCUUGACGAGGAAUUAGAUCUGGAGCACAGAAGCCCGAGAAAGAGUGGACUGUCUAAAAGCAUUGAGUAUGAAGAUGAUGAUAUGGUUGUUGAUGAUCAAGAUAUUCAGAAACUUGUAAUUGUUACUCAGAAUAGUGGUAAAAGUGAUGGCACUGGAGUCAGUGGGACGAAAGCAAAAAAUAUUCCUAAGGAGCUUGCGUCUACAAUAAACGAUGGUCUUUAUUACUACGAGCAGGAAAUAAAAAAGAAUCGAUCUGGCCGUAGGAAGAGCAACUCCCAUAUGGAUAGCAGAGAUGGGAAAAAUAAAUCUGGGGGAGGAUUGAACACUAAACAAGGAGAACAUUCUGCAGCAAAUGAUGGAGGUGAGGAGCAUGGAAUCAUCACUUCACGGAAGAAGCAAAGUAAGGGAACUCACAAACAUCAUACUGCCCAUGCACGGAGGUUCUUCUCGAGUAACGUAAGAAUCCAUGGAAAUAUAUCAGAAAGUCCGCCUAAUAGCUCCAUUGGAUUUUUCUUUGGUUCGACACCACCAGACAAUCAUGGCCCUAGGCUUUCAAAAUUGAGUUCAUCUCCACAAUGUACACUCCCUGGAAGCAGUCCCCCUGUGGGCUCUUUGCCAAAAUCAUUUCCACAUUUUCAACAUCCAAGCCACCAAUUGCUGGAAGAGAAUGGGUUUAAACAAGAAAAGUACUUGAAGUAUCGCAAGCGCUGCUUAAACGAAAGAAAGAAGUUGGGUAGCGGAAGCAGUGAGGAAAUGAAUCAUUUGUACCGAUUCUGGUCGUAUUUCCUCAGAGACACAUUUGUCUCGUCAAUGUAUGAGGACUUCCAGAAGUUUGCUCUUGAGGAUGCAGCUGAGGAUUACAAUUAUGGGUUAGAGUGUCUCUUUAGGUUUUACAGUUAUGGUCUGGAGAAGAACUUUGAUGAGGACCUUUACAAGGACUUUGAGCAGCUGUCGCUUGACUUCUACCACAAGGGAAACCUAUAUGGCUUGGAGAAAUAUUGGGCAUUCCACCAUUAUCGAGGCAAGAACGAACCAAUAACGCAGCACCCUGAGUUAGAGAAGCUACUGAAGGAAGAAUACCGUAGCAUAAAUGACUUUCGAGCAAAGGAUAUAGUCACCAACCAAAAAGAAACCAAGUCUCACUGAUGAUUGUGAAGAAAAGAAGCAGAGAUGUAUGUUGUUGCUGCUGAGCAAAUGGUCCUAAAAUCAUGACCUAAAUGUUUGUGUAUCUCUUCUUCUGGGGAAGAGACCCAACAACCAAGGAAGCCAUCACUCUGAAUUUUACAGGAUAUUUUCCUUGGUGGUGUUUUCCUUUUUCUGGGAUUAUUUUUUUGGAUUUUGGAUGCAGGAUCUCUCUCCCUCUCUCUCUCUGCAUUACAAUACAAACAGAGCUUUGACUGAAGAGGCGUUCAUCUACACAAGAGUUUCGCCCUCUCCCCAAAAGUUGUAAUCUUUUUUGUACAUAUAGGGAUUUCAUUUUCUAAUUAUUACUCAAUUUUGGAGAAAAAAAAACAAAAAAAAAAAAAAAACAAAAACAAAAACAAAAAAAAAGAGGAUGUGAUCUGUAGUGUCUGUAGAAACAAUAAGAGAUGUUUUACUUUGACACUUUUUUUUUAGAUAGUAUAUUUUUGUUUGUAAAUUUUUGUUUCUUGUAGCUUAUAAUCUCAUAUUUGGCAUAUACUGUAUAUUG